AUGUGCCCGCCAAAAUUUCGAAAAGUUCAAAUGAUUCAGAUUGAAGUGGUUAUGCAGUGCUGUUCUACUUCAAAGAUCAAAUACCUGGACUACUCCCUUUUGCUAUUUGUGUUUUUCUAGUGUAUACUAAUUUUUCAGAUUAGUGGAGAUUUUUCGAUGGCUUAAACAUCUUCUGUCAGCAUUCAUCUGUCCAGCGGAUUUCUUUUUCAACGAAACAUGGCCUGUUGGAGGUGUGUGAUUUGCUUUGUUUUCGUUGCCUUAACAUUGAAGUCCCUCUUGAGCCAUAUUAACACAGCACAUAGUCGCAGUCCCGAUUUCCGUGUUAUAUGCGGGAUUGAUGGCUGUACUGCUGAAUACAGAGUCUUCAACUCCUUUUACUACCAUAUUAGACGCACACAUACUCUAUAUUUUGCCACCGGACACCCACCUACUGGAUGGAUGACAUCAGCUACACCUGACCUAUCUCGGGUUGGAAGUGAACAUUUUGACAUCCCAGUUUUUUCUGACUGUGCCACUGAAACACGGGGAAUGCAAAGGACCAACAGUGAAGGCAACUCACCUGUCAUCGCAAAUGACAUGUUGAACCCAGAGCCUACAUGGCAUCAGAUUCCACACCCUGAUAAUCAGGUAAGGUCUAAUAUUGUCAAUUUUGUAUGACAAUGUUAUUCAACAUUUGAUGUGAACCAGUCUUAUAUGUACAUAGUAUAUUAUUAACACAACAUAUUUACAGGAAGGAGCUGGUGCAUCAAGUGCAAAUAUCAGACGUGCAGCUGCAUUUGCCAUCAAUGUGAGGGAGAGAUGUCACCUGUCUCAGAGGAGCGUCAACAACAUUGUUUCUGAAGUCCAGCAGUAUCAAACUACUCUUCUGAGCACCUUGAGGGACACAAUGAAGAGGAUCUUUGAAAGACAUUCAGACAGUGUGGAGCAGCUACAAGAGGAAGUACUGGCAACAUUAGACAAUUUUCAAGAUCCUUUCUCCUUCAUGGCCACCACAUACAUGCAAGACAGCACCAUCCAGAGGCUUUUUAACCCAGUUAAACCAGAGGAGGUAGUUAUGUCUCAGAGGGUUUGUCGAGUUAAAAAAGGACAAUCAAGAGUUCUUGGAAUUAAAAACAGAAGCUUUUACUAUAUAUCCCUGGUUAAGAGUCUUGAACAGCUGUUGUCCAAUUCUAGGAUUUUUGAUGUGAUCCGCACCACGCCACAGAGUUGUCACAAAGAUGGAUUUUUGUAUGAUAUGGUUGAUGGGAGCCUUUUCAAAUCCCACCCACUGUUUUCAGUGAAACCUUCUGCUUUACAGAUCAUUUUAAACACUGAUGAAAUAGAGAUCUGCAAUCCUCUCGGGUCACAUGCUUCAGUAAAUAAAUUACUGAUGGUUUAUUAUACUUUAGGAAACAUAAACCCCAAGUUUAGGUCAAAGCUGGCUGCAAUCAGACUCCUUGCUAUAGCAAAAGCUGAUGAUAUUGACAAAUGUGGUGUUGAUUUUGUAUUACAAAGAAUUGAUGAAGACUUAAAGUUGCUGUAUAAUGGUGUCACAAUCCAAACACAGAGUGGUGGAUUCGAGUUAUUUGGUGCUGUAAUUUCAGUGUGUGGUGACACACUUGCGCAGCAUGAGCUUGCUGGUUUCAAGGAAGGAGUUGGUUUUGCAUACAGUAAGUGUAGGCAUUGUGAAUGUACCUUUGAGGAAAUGCAAAUUAAUUUUAAUGAAGAGCGCUUUACAAAAAGGACAAUGGAAAAACAUAUUCAACAGUGCCAUGAAAUAGAAAAGGCCAGCACAGCCUUCUUGAAAUCGGCCCUCAAAACCACCUAUGGUAUAAACAGAAGGAGCAAGCUGGUUGAUUUUCCAGCCUUUGACCUCAUUCGGCAAACUCCACAGGACAUAAUGCACAUCAUUCUUGAGGGUGUUGCACCAAUGGAAGUUAAGUGUGUUUUAAAAUACCUUGUUCUGUCUGGACAGAUGGAGUUGGAUGUGUUCAAUUCAGCCAUGCAAAGUUUUCCUUUGUCACCAGUAGAUGUACGUGACAAACCCUGCCCUAUAAGUGUCAGUACCUUGGCAUCAAAUGAUAACAAACUUAAACAGUCCUCAGGGCAAAUGCUGAUAUUGCUGAAGAUCAUGCCUUUUCUGCUGAAUACUAUAGAGAAAAAUGAGUAUGUUCAGUUUGUUUUGGACUUAAUUGAGAUAGUUCAUAUACGUUUUGCUCCUGUUUUAUCUGUGCAGACUGUAUUAAGACUGAGAAGUAUGAUUGAACAGCAUUUGAAACAGUUUAAGCAACUUUUUCCUGAGAAUAAUGUCAUUCCUAAGCAACAUUACCUGCUGCAUCUCGCUUCCCAAAUUCUUUCCCUGGGCCCUAUGAUAAGACACAUGUGCAUGAGAUUUGAGUCAAAGCACUGUUUUUUCAAACAGUGGUCAUCUAAAUUGAACUUCAAAAAUGUCUGUAAGUCACUUGUGAAACAUAAUCAGCUUUUUGAAUGCUGUCAAAAUGAAAUGGGUAUGGAGCAUCCGAUUUUUUUACAUGAGAAAGAAUUGGGUCCUGUCUCAGAAGUAGCAAAUAUGGAGUAUGUUAAUGCAAAGAUGAGAGAUUUUUUGGGGAUUUAUGGCUGUUACGUGUGUGGUUGUUUUCCUGUGUCUCCCCUCUCAUUCUCUGUAGGUCUCACACCAUUGGCUGUUCCUCCACCAUCGUCCAACCCCCUGUCCAAUCUGGGAGCUGUCUGUUGGCCAAUCAGUGUCAUCAGGCCUUGAUAACUUGCACCUGUUUGUCUCCAUUGGAGGAGGCCAUUGUCUGCCUGUGUGUGGGGCUGUUGCCUUUUGUUUGUGAGAUGCCAUAGGGGUUUAGGCGAAUAGGUAAGACACCCUUGGGUUUACACUGCCAUCACGUAGACCAUACUCUUAUCACAUCAGGUUAGGAGCGGGGCCACCCUCUGUAUGUAUUAGCUAGGUUGUAUGUGUGCACUAAUUAGUUGUCACUUUAUCUUGUUUUCUUUGAUUUGGCUCCGCUUAUAGUUCCCUAUUCCCCUUGGCGGAUCGCUAGCUAAAUAAACACACUUACGUAUCCAGUUUGCUGUUGUGCCCUGUUUUGUUGUUCUCCCAGUCAGCCUAACAGUAAUAUGUGUUAUGGUUCCCCUACUCCCCCCCUAGACGUAGCAAGCUAACAUCCUGGAGCCGUAACAAUGGCAUACAAUACACAGUCAAAGUAAAGUGGCUUAUUCUCAAUGGGAACAAGUACAUAAGUGACAGGUCUCUAAUAAUCACCACUACAAAUGAGACAGUGCCUGUCUUCGGAUUUAUAAAAAACAUUUAUGUGGUAAACAGCUCAUUGUAUUGUUUUGAGUACCAGCUUUAUGAGACAGUGGGUUGGAAUAGAGAUCUUUUAGCCUAUGAAGUUGCAGUGCCUAAUCUUGCUCAAGCAACAGAGUUCAUCGAUGCUGAAAAACUAGUGGAUCAUACAUCAUAUUACCCUGUCAGUUUCAAAAACACCACGUAUGUUCUGACAAAAUAUUAUCUUGGUGAUGUUGCUCUACUUAAACAGUGAAAUGAAUGUGAAUAAACAUGUUACAACUGUGACCAGAGUGUGUGUGAAUGCUUACUGGGAGGUCUUGAAACAAGUUUUCUAAGCUAAGAAGUGGUCAUGAAAGAGUAUCUGACAUAAUUCAGCUUACUUUCUGUGGAAAAUAUAUAGUUUUAGGAUCUACUUACUAACUAAGAAAUAAAAAGACACAUAUUCUCAAAACAAGAAGAAUAAUCUUACUCAUUCUGUGCUUGCAUAGUAUAUUGCUCUCAAAACAAGAUCAAAAAGACUUUUUGGCUAGAUACAAGAUUGGAAGACUUGGUUAGAUUGUUAAUUUUUGUCCCCCCCACAGAGUGCACUCUGUGUGGGGGACUAAGUGGAGGCUUUAAAACGCAGAGGGGAAGGUGUAUUUAUGAGGAAGGGGGGAGGUAGGGCCUUCAGAGUUCUCUGCAACAGUUCAUCUACACGUUUUGUGAUGCUUUUUAAGUCGAGGUCUAGGCCUCCGGAGCAGCACAACCGGACGGUGGCUAAAACAAACGUACACCUAAAUGUUCUUCUAACUAAUCCUAUUGCAGAUUUAAUCUUUAAGACUGGGUUCUACUUACCUCAUACGUGUGUGGCCUGUGGAAGUUGUUUUAGCGUCGCGCCCGCCGGGAUUCUCUGGACUUUCUUCCAAACGUCGGGGUCUCCAAAUCUUGCGUUAUUUCUUGAAGAAAGUGGUCCAAUCCUUGGUCGCUUUUAACUCACUUUAUUUGUUUAAGUAGGCAUGUUUCGGUAUGGUAACUAUUGUUACGUAUUUUAAGAAUCUAAGUUACCCACACAUAGACCCAAUGAAGCAGGGCCAAACAUAUAAGCCGUAAAUACUAUACAUAGCCACUAGGGGAGCGAGACCUUAUUGAAGGCGGCUCCACCACAGAAGGCAUCACCGGAAGAAGCCGAAGCCACCACGCCCACUAGGCCACGCCCACUUGACGGUCUCUACCUAAGGACCGAAGGUGAAUAGUAGCGGGAGAGAGAUUUUCAGCGACACCCGCGAAGGGUCACGGGCCUCUGCCCGUGGCCCAUAGUAGCCAGAGUUAUUAUCUCUCACACGUGUUCUACACGAUUCCUAGAAUUCCCUCCGUAUAGCUUCACUUACCAUGCCGAAACAUGCCGACGACUUUAUAAUAAAUGAAGUGAGUUCAAAGCAACCCGGGAUUGGACAACUUUCUUCGAGAAUAUGCAAUAGAUGGUGACCACGACGUUUGGAAGGAAGUCCCGAGAAUCCCGGCGGGCGCGACGCUAAAACAACUUCAACAGGCCACACACGUCUGAGGUAAGUAGAACUCAUUGUCUUAAAGAUUUAAUCUGAAAUAGGAUUGGUUAUAAGAACAAUUAGGUGUAAGUUUGUUUUAGCCACCAUCCGAUCGUACUGCUCCAGAGGCCUAGCAUAACAACACGUGUAGAUCAACGGUUGCAAGGAACACUGAAGGCCCAACCUCCCCCUUUCUUCACACUUGAGUUGUUUUUAGUACUCGUCGUUAACGAUCAUUCUUGGUACUGGUUGAGAGGUGAAGCCCUCCACUAUCUGUCUCUGUAUAGAUCGGGCCAAAAUAGUAUAUU